AUGAAUCAUCCGAAAGACAAAUACAAAGCACUCAAUGAACGACAAAAAGACAAAUCCUAUUCACUUGUCGCGCAAUUCAAUGACAACCCUAUUGGCGCAUAUUUUAACAAACAACUUGGUCAUAUAGAAAAUGUUCUGGAUCACCAAGGUAAUAGCGCCAUAAACUGUUUAGCGUUUGACGGCAUUCGCGUACUCCAUGGCUGCAACGCCCAGUUAUUCUUAUACGGAACGGUAUUUAAAAUCAAUGAUAUUAUGGGAAGGGAUGUAGCCAUCAAUGAAGAGCUUAAUAAAUAUGGACUGAAUAUAGUCGAUACAAAUCCCUUGAAAGUAAGGCUCGUAUUCACGGACACGACUAAAGCGAGUGUUGACUUAAACGUCGAGUCGUUAUUCGCGUUACAAGUAUUGGAAAUGAAAUCCAGAGCCGAGACUCAGUUUGAAAACUAUAUGCAAAACGUGUUAUUCAUUGUUCCCACGAGUUAUACCAUACGACAGAUACAGGCCGUAAAGGACGCGGCUAAUAUAGCGGGAAUUGAUCAUGCUCAUAUAUUGUCCCAGAUGAGUGCGGCGGCCAUUGAUUUCGGGUUUAAUACUAACGAUAAAAAUACAAACUUUCGUGAAGUACUCGUCAUUAUGUUCAGCAGUAAUGAGUGCGAGUUAGCGCUCAUUGAAUACUACAAUCAAAGUAUCAAAUACCUGGCUUAUUAUAGUGGGGUGACCCGGAUAUAA